UACAAACACAGUCACAUGUCACCUGACAAAGAGGCAGAGGGGAAUAACUAGGAAAAUUCCCCUGCUAUCUCAUCUGCUCACCUUUCUUGGAGCUUUGUCGGAAUAUCUCGUCUCCCUGGCCUCUACUCUGCAGCUUGACAAGACCCAGAAAGCAGGGCGGGCCUCUCAGCAGUGGAUCUCUCCUUUUGCCUCCUUCUCCAGGUCACUGGUCUGCUGGUGUGGACUCGAUCCUUCCCCCAGAUCACCAUAGCCAUGGCCAGAAACCCCCGGAAGGCAUUGCUCUGGGCCUUGAGUGACCUUGAGGAGAAAGAUUUCAAGAAGUUAAAGUUUUACUUACGGGAUAUGACCCUGUCUGAGGGCCAGGCCCCACUGGCCAGAGGGGAGUUGGAGGGCCUGAUUGCAGUGGACCUGGCAGAAUUAUUGAUUUCAAAGUAUGGAGAAAAGGAGGCUGUGAAAGUUGUGUUUGAGAUCUUGAAGGCCAUGAACCUGUUGGAACUUGUGGACCAGCUCAGGCACAUUUGUCUGCAUGAUUACAGAGAAAUAUACCGAGAACAUGUGCGCUACCUAGAGGAGUGGCAGGAAGUGGGAGUCAACGGCAGAUACAACCAGGUGCUCCUGGUGGCCAAGCCCAGCUCAGAGAGCCCAGAGUCACCUGCCUGUCCCAUCACCCUGGAGCAGGAGCUGGACUCUGUCAUGGUGGAGGCUCUAUUUGAUUCGGGGGAAAAGCCCUCCCUGGCCCCAUCCUUAGUUGUGCUAGAGGGAUCUGCUGGCAGUGGAAAGACAACUCUCUCCAGAAAAAUUGUGUUGGACUGGGCCGCCGGUACUAUGUACCCAGGCCGUUUUGAUUAUGUCUUUUAUGUAAGCUGCAAAGAAGUGGUCCUGCUGCUGGAGAGCAAACUGAAUGAACUCCUUUUCUGGUGCUGCGGGGACAAUCAAGCCCCCGUCACAGAGAUUCUGGGGCAGCCAGAGCGGCUCCUCUUCAUCCUGGAUGGCUUUGAUGAGCUGCAGAGGCCCUUUGAAGAAAAGUUGAAGAAGAGGGGUUCCAGUCCCAAGGAGGGCAUCCUGCACCUUCUAAUUAGGAGACGUACACUCCCCACAUGCUCCCUUCUCAUCACCACCCGGUCCCUGGCUUUGAGGAAUCUGGGACCCUUGCUGAAACAAGCACGCCAUGUCCAUAUCCUAGGCUUCUCUGAGGAGGAGAGGGGGAGGUACUUCAGCUCCUAUUUCAUGGAUGAGAAGCAAACUGACCGUGCCUUCAAAAUUGUACAAAAAAAUGACAUUCUCUACAAAGCAUGUCAGGUUCCAGGGAUUUGCUGGAUGGUCUGCUCCUGGCUGAAGCAGCAGAUGGAGAAAGGUGAAGCUGUCUUAGAGACACCCAGAAACAGCACUGACAUCUUCAUGGCCUAUGUCUCCACCUUCCUGCUGCCCGAUGACGAUGGGGGCUGCUCUGAGUCUUCCCGGCACAGGGUCCUGAUGAGUCUGUGCUCCCUGGCUGCUGAAGGGAUUCAGCACCAGAGGUUCCUAUUUGAAGAAGCUGAGCUCAGGAAACAUAAUUUAGAUGGCCCCAGGCUCGCCGCUUUCCUGAGUAGCAAUGACUACCAGUUGGGACUUGCCAUCAAGAAGUUCUAUAGCUUCCGCCACAUCAGCUUCCAGGAGUUUUUUUAUGCCAUGUCCUUCCUGAUGAAAGAGGACCAAAGCUGGCUGGGGAAAGAGUCCCGCAGAGAAGUGCAAAGGCUGCUGGAGGUAAAAAAGCAGGAAGGAAAUGAUGAGAUGACCCUCACUAUGCAGUUUUUAUUGGACAUAUCGAAAAAAGACAGCGUCUCCAACUUGGAGCUCAAGUUCUGCUUCAGAAUAUCUCCCUGUAUAGCACAGGAUCUGAAGCAUUUUAAAAAGCAAUUGGAAUCUAUAAAGCAGAAGAGGCCCUGGGAUUUGGAAUUCUCCAUGUGUGAAGCUAAAAUAAAGAAUCUGGUAAAAGGUAUUCAGAUGAAUGAUGUAUCAUUCAAGAUAGCACAUUCAAAUGAAAAGAAAUCCCAGAGCCAGAAUUCAUUUUCUGUUAAAACCAGAUUGAGUCAUGGACAGAAAGAGAAGCAAAAAUGUCCUCUUGUGGGCAAAGAUAAUAUAGCAGGAACACAAAAGGAGUCUUCUACUGGAAAAGGCAGAGGGACUGAGGAACCAGACGAAGAGGUUAGGUGCAGUGGGAUGGGAAGCAGAGAAAUGGGGACAAUUGUGCUGAAAGGUUGGAGGAAUGAAUGGGUGAAGGGUCAGGAAGAUGGGGAAAGACAGACAGACUUAAAAAGGUUGGAGAGAGGAGAAUCAGACUAAUGGGUACUAGAAGGAGUGAAGGACAAAGGAACGAAUAGAAAAGAGAAUUAGAUUAGAGAGGAUCGGAUGACAUUAACAUAGGACCUGGGUAAAUGUGCAAUGAGUUCUUAGGAACAGCCCCAUGUACUACCAAGGUCUCAAGUGCCCUCCCCAGAGGCUGUUUAUAACUUCCUACAGUAUAGAGUACAGUUUCCAUAGCUCCUCAUUAUCAUUAACAUGUUAAUGUUAAUGACCAACCAUUUGGUUCUGACAUUUGACACUUUCCUAUUCAAUAAACUAUUUCCUGCUUA